GCGACGCCCGCCCCGCUCCCUAUGGUGGCUCCUCUGUUUCUUCGCGGGCCCCGUGUCUCUUCCUCCGGCCCGACGGAAAAUGGCCGUGCGCCUGCCAUAGGGGAGCGGGGCUGCAGGGAGUUCCGCCCGCCAGACAAAAUCUGAAAUGGUCCGAUACACUACUGUGCUCCUUCAGAGACUCAUGCUUGCUGAUGAUGAGAAGUAAAAACUUAAUCUUAAUAAAGCAUAUAUUUUGUAGAAAUUGGAAAUAUCUUGGUCACUACUAGUGAAUGGAACCUGUAUUGCUGAAAGCACAAAUAGGGAGUUUUGAAAUAAUUGCUUCGUUGGCACCAACUAACAGUUUGAGGAGUAUAUCUACUGAGAAAAAUGGGUCGAUCUAACUCUAGAUCACAUUCUUCAAGAUCAAAGUCCAGAUCUCAGUCCAGCUCUAGGUCAAGAUCCAGAUCACAUUCAAGGAAAAAGAGAUACAGUUCUAGGUCUCGGUCAAGGACGUAUUCACGAUCUCGCAGCAGGGAUCGUGUUUAUUCUAGAGAUUAUCGCAGAGAUUACAGAAAUAAUAGAGGAAUGAGACGUCCCUAUGGUUACAGAGGAAGAGGUAGAGGGUAUUAUCAAGGAGGAGGUGGUAGAUACCAUCGUGGAGGUUAUAGGCCUGUCUGGAACCGAAGACACUCCAGAAGCCCUAGACGUGGCCGUUCACGUUCCAGAAGUCCAAAACGAAGGUCUGUGUCUUCCCAGAGGUCCCGGAGCAGAUCUCGUCGAUCUUACAGAUCUUCCAGGUCCCCGAGGUCCUCUUCAUCUCGUUCUUCAUCCCCAUACAGCAAAUCACCUGUCUCUUCCAAAAGACGUGCGUCUCUGGAAAAGCAGGCAAAGAAAACUGAAGGGGCUCCUUUGCAAGAUAGCCCCUUGAAAAAUAAAUCACAAGAUGAACAGAAAGAUACAUUUGAACAUGACCCAUCAGAGUCUCUUGACGAUUUUAACAAAUCGGCAGCAGCUUCUGGCGACAUUUGGCCUGGCCUUUCAGCGUACGAUAACAGUCCAAGGUCACCCCAUAGUCCUUCUAUUGCCACCCCACCUAGUCAGAGUUCAUCUUGCUCUGAUGCCCCUUUGCUUAGCACAGCCCACUCAGCAAAGGACACACCUCAACAUUCCCAUUCCAUUCAGCAUAGUCCUGAGAGGUCUGGCUCUGGUUCUCUUGGAAAUGGUUCUAGCCGUUAUAGCCCUUCUCAGAAUAGCCCAUUGCAUCAUAUCCCUUCGAGGAGAAGCCCUGCAAAGACAAUCCCAUCACAGAGUGCCCCCCGUGAGGAAGCUCGAGUGCGGUCAUUUUAUCCUGAGGGUGGCGAACAGGAAGCUGCAAAAGGUGGAAAGUUUAUGAAAAGGUACACAGAUGAAGAGUCUAGAGUAUACCUGCUUGAUAGGGGUAAUACCAGGGAGAAGGAGGCCCAGAAGGAGAGAGGAUCAGAAAAAGGGAGGACAGAGGGAGAAAGGGAAUGGGAGGAACAGGAAACUUUAGAUUUUUUCAUUGAUAAAGAGACUGGGAAAGAAAAGUUUAAUGACUCUGAAGGGGAGGACACAGAGGAGACAGAGGAUUACAGACAGUUCAGAAAGUCUGUCCUGGCAGAUCAGGGUAAAAAUUUUCCUACUGCAUCUCACCGGAAUGCUGAGGAGGAAGGAACCAAAUACAAAUCUAAAAUAUCAAUCAAGGGCAAUAGAGAGAGCGAUGGAUUUAGAGAUGAGAAAAGUUAUAAGCUUAAAGAGACUGGCUAUGUAGUGGAAAGGCCUAGUGCAACAAAAGAUAAGCACAAGGAAGAAGACAAGAGUUCUGAGAGGCUAAUGAUGAAGAAAGAAACUCAGUCACCUGAGCAGGUAAAGUCUGAAAAGCUCAAAGAACUCUUUGAUUACAGUCCCCCUCUACACAAGAAUCUGGAUGCGAGAGAAAAAUCCACCUUCAGAGAGGAGAGCCCACUUAGGAUCAAAAUGAUAGCCAGUGACUCCCAUCGUCCUGAAGUUAAACUCAAAAUGGCACCAGUACCUCUUGAUGAUUCCAAUAGACCUGCUUCCUUGACUAAAGACAGGCUGCUUGCUAGCACACUUGUUCAUUCCAUCAAGAAGGAGCAAGAGUUCCGAUCCAUCUUUGACCACAUUAAGUUGCCACAGGCCAGCAAAAGCACGUCAGAGUCAUUUAUUCAGCACAUUGUGUCCUUGGUUCAUCAUGUCAAAGAGCAAUACUUCAAGUCAGCUGGAAUGACCCUAAAUGAGAGGUUCACUGCGUAUCAAAAAGCCACUGAAGAACACAGCACCCGACAAAAGAGCCCAGAAAUACAUAGGAGGAUUGACAUCUCUCCAAGUACCCUGAGGAAGCAUACUCGUUUAGCAGGUGAAGAGAGAGUCUUUAAAGAAGAAAGUCAAAAAGGAGAUAAAAAAUUAAGGUGUGAUUCAGCUGAUCUUCGUCAUGACAUUGACCGACGUAGAAAAGAACGAAGUAAAGAGCGAGGAGACUCAAAGGGUUCCAGGGAAUCCAGUGGGUCAAGAAAGCAGGAGAAAACUCCAAAAGAUUACAAGGAUUACAAAUCUUACAAAGAUGACAGUAAACAAAAAAGAGAUCAAGACCGUGCUAGGUCCUCCCCAUCUUCCUCCCCAUCUUCUUCUUCAUCCAGUUCUCGAGAAGAAAAAGAUUGCAAGAAGGAAAGAGAAGAAGAGUUCAAAACCCACCAUGAACAGAAAGAAUACUCUGGUUUUGCAGGAGUCAACAGGCCAAGAGGCACCUUUUUUCGAAUUAGGGGCAGAGGAAGAGCCAGAGGAGUCUUUGCUGGAACAAAUACUGGUCCCAGCAACUCAAAUACUACUUUUCAGAAGAGACCGAAGGAAGAGGAAUGGGAUCCUGAAUAUACCCCAAAAAGCAAGAAAUACUUCUUGCACGAUGACAGAGAUGAUGGUGUGGAUUAUUGGGCCAAAAGAGGAAGAGGCCGUGGUACUUUCCAGCGUGGCAGAGGGCGUUUUAACUUCAAAAAGUCAGGUAGCAGUCCGAAGUGGACACAUGACAAAUAUCAAGGGGAUGGCAUUGUGGAAGACGAAGAAGAAACGAUUGAGAAUAAUGAAGAAAAGGACAGACGCAAAGAGGAAAAGGAAUAACCCUGGAAGAAAGUUGUAGCUGAAAGAGCAGCUGUUGCACCACCCUCACAACAUUUUUAAUAUGUUUUUUUGUUGUCAAAUGAAUGUAAGCAUUUUACUUAAAUUUUACUGUUGGAAAGUAGUUUAGGGGGAUUGUUUUUGUUUUAAGCCUUUAGAAAAAAAUCAUGAUACAGUAAACUAUGUUAAUGAUCGUACAGGUAGAAAGUAAAAUAUUUGUAACAACUUUUAAGAAAUUUUACUGUUUGUUAUAUGCAGUGUAAUUCUGCUUUGUCCAAAUAUAUGGUCAAGUACAACUGAAAGUUUUGAUUCUCCCCUAUGUCUGUGUUUUAUUCCAAAGUAAACUUACAGUUCUGCACACCUGAAA